CCAGAGUUUGUUGUUGAGAAAUGCAAUACAAGAUGGCAGGCACCUUCUUUCGUUUAUUCGUGAUUCUUCUCGGGCUUUCUCAUCUUAUGUGCUUGAAAGCAGUGCCAGUUACAAGAAUUGAAAACAUUAUGCAAGGUCCCCAAGUUCAUCUUACACCGGAGAACAGCCACAAGGUGGUUAUCACUGAGAAAUACUGGCACUUGGAGGAACCAACCAUUACUGAGAGGAUGGAGUUGGAACUCCUCGAUUAUUCCCCAUCAGGGCCUAAUGGUCGUCACACACCAAAAGCACCAUAGCGUGUUAAAUGCUGUAGGUAGCUGUCUGUAUAGCAUAAUCUUAUAUAAGUGGCCAUAAUUGGUCAAUGCUAGAGGCAAUUAUGUUACUACGAUGAGAGAAUAUUGGAUUAACUAGAGUUUCAUCCCCACUCUUUUGUAUGAUUACAUGUGAACUCACUCAUGUUUGACAAGAAUAAAUAAUACAUGCACUCACUA